AUGCCACCACCACCACCACCUCCUGCUCCUUCCCACAUCCUUCCGAAACGCUACACCCGCGACUACUGCCCGCACGACAGCCCCUCCUGCAUCCCACUCACCAUCGUCAUCGUCGUCGUCGUGCUCGUCGUUUUGCUGAAGUUGGGCAUCCUUUUUACGCUGUUUGCGCUGCAUCGGCGGCGCAAGGAACGUCGCGCUCGUGCUCGCGCCAAUGAAACUAGACAGAUGGGAGUGAAUGGAAUGGCGCAGAGGGAAACGCAGGGCUUUGGAUUCGGGGAUAUUAGCCCGGACGCGGUGCAAGAAGAUCGAAAACAGGAGCAAGAGAGGAAGAGCGAGGAAUGCAGUUAUGGGGGAAGUGGAGGGCGGAUGUCGCCGCCGCCGCCCUACGAGUACGCGCUCUUCCCUGCGCAGACGCAAGCCGAGGGGAUUCAGAGGCCAGAGCCUGCGAGAUUGGAGGGACGGGGGGAGUGUGCGGUUAAGGAUGGGAGGCACUGCUACAGUACCGAGCUCGGGUGUGAGAGGCUGGGCACUACGGCGGUGGAUCGCACGGGAUCGUUGGAGAAGCCUGCUUCCUGGUUGAUAGGGAUGAUGGGAUAUAUGGCAGAGGAGUGUGUGGUCGUGAGCGUCUGGAGGAAUGUUGGGACGGGAAGAUGUAGCUCUAUCCGAAACCAGCAACACGCAUCUGCUCCUCCUGUUGCCUGGACUCGCACUCGUGAAAAGGGCACGAAGCAAGCACACUUAGCAACAUUGAAAGGAGAAAAAGACCGCCAAAACCGACAUGGCAAAAUCUAUCACUACUUUGACAAGAGAACUUGGUCAUACCCUCAUACGUAG